GAAAUAGUGGAUUGGUUCAAUGCCAUCCGGGCAGCACGUUUUCAUUACUUACAAGUGGCAUUCCCUGGAGCCAGCGAUGUUGAUCUGGUGCCAAAGCUUUCUCGAAACUACCUGAAGGAAGGGUACAUGGAGAAAACGGGGCCAAAGCAAACAGAGGGAUUCAAGAAGCGAUGGUUCACCAUGGAUGACCGACGGCUCAUGUAUUUCAAAGAUCCCUUGGAUGCCUUUGCUCGAGGGGAAGUUUUUAUUGGGAGCAAGGAAAACAGCUACAAGGUCCUGGAAGGGCUCCCACCGUCCACACAGGGAAACCACUGGCAGCACGGGAUAACCAUCGUCACCCCCCAUCGGAAAUUCCUCUUUGCCUGCGAGACAGAGGACGACCAGCUGGAGUGGAUUACGACUUUUCAGAAAGUUAUAAGCCGGCCGAUGCUGCCUCAGGAAUACGCAGUGGAAGCCCAUUUCAAACAUAAACCUUAG